GCUGGUCGUCGCUUUGACGUCGUCGAGGCGAGUCGAGGCAGCCUGGAAAACCCGUGUGCUGCUGCCCGCGUAUAAACGACGUCGUUUCGCUGCACCGGCCCGAUCGAAGCGUUCCUCGGUUCUCGGCUUUUGUUCGCGUGCACCGUGAGUCGAUAUCUCGGCCAGUGGCGUGUACGAAAACGGAAACUGAGGAAGCGUAAGCUGCUCCUCCGGGCUCCGUGUGUCGGAAAGGUACAGUGGGGUGGAGCGGCGCCAUCCCGACGUCGCUCACGGAUUCGAUAACGCCGGACCACGGUUACCUAGUGCCCUAGUCUUCUCGAUAGAUCGCGCGGAUAUCAUUGAAAAUCCCUUAAAAUGUGACUUGAACUUUCGAGUGAACGUUCGAUGCUCGUAAGACUAUUAUGAAACCGGUUAGGACGUUGAGGAUUGUAUCGUCGUUUGUUAGAAAAGAUCGUGUUACUUGACCGAGUAAUUCGUAUUCAGUGUGACGAGAUACAUACGUUAUAGUAUAAGAAAUCUAAAAAGAGGGCGGUGUUGUUAUUGGGAAGAGGAUCGUUGGUAAGAAGAAGAAUAUAAAAAGAAAAAAAGAGAGUGAAUUAGGUGAAACGACUCGAAGGGUACCCCGAUAAAACGGGGCUCCCUUACGGAGAGCCCCAGCUGGCCUGUGCAUGAUUCCGUCACUGGACGGCGGUGGUGACGGGUCCGUGGCUUGGAUGCGCGAACGCGACACCCGCAUCGUCGUCGUACCGCAAGUGAAGCUCCCGGCGGAGGCGGAGGCGGUAGUAGCAGCGGCCGAUGACGGUGAUGGUCAGCCGCAAAACAGUGACUGCUGACUUGUGCACGAUUAAACGCAAUCUCGGUGUCGCGUACGGUGCCGUGCCGGUCGGUCGGUCGGUCUUGGGGGCGCAGCUUCGGGAAUAAUGCGUGUUAGGCACGUUACGCGACGACGAGGACGAAGGUACGACGCGAGGGACCCGAGCAGCCAGCCGCGGGUGCAGCUGCAGCAACGCAAUUAUGUACGCGUACGGUUUCGAGAUCACGUAGUGGCUGCCGUGUAAUUAUGUUGUCAUCGACGCGCGGCGCACCCUGUGUAGCUUCACGGUGAAAAUCUGGCGUGAGCGGUGCCGCGGUGGAACGGGGAACAUGGCGUCGGUCUCGGCUGAGACUCCAGCCAGCCAUGGGCACAGCUUUAGCAAGAAAACGUUUCACAAGCCGACGUACUGCCAUAGCUGCACCGACAUGCUGUGGGGCCUCAUACAGCAGGGGUACAUCUGCGAAGUUUGCAACUUCGUGGUGCACGACCGCUGUCUCAAGGCCGUCGUCUCCCCCUGCUCCACUAUCGCGGCAGGUCUCAUUAAGAACCCAGUUGCACAUUGUUGGUCGGAACAGGUACAUCGUAGAAGAAAAUUCUGCAACGUCUGUCGUAAACGGCUCGAUGAUAAUCCAUCCAUACAUUGCGAAAUAUGCGAGUACUUCGUACACACGGAGUGCCAGGACUUUGCCGUAGCAGAUUGCAAGGAGAACGCCACGUAUUUACCUGGGAAGGACUUGGCGCAGGUAAAACAUACCCAUCACUGGCGAGAAGGUAAUCUUCCGAGCAGUUCGAAAUGCGCUGUCUGCAAGAAAAACUGUGUUUCUGCCGAGUGCCUUUCCGGGUUUCGUUGCGAAUGGUGCGGCAUGACGUUGCACUCUUACUGUUAUAAAAAUAUCCCGCAAGAAUGCACCUUUGGGAACUUGGAACCAAUUUACUUACCACCACAUGCAGUCAGCAUUCCACGUACGGAAGUUCCCAUGGAGGCCAUCAUUGGUGUACAAGUACGUCGAAAAGAAGUCCUGGCGCGUGAGUAUUCUUGCCAUAACAUCGGAGAGCAAUUCGAUUUCGCUGAGAGUGAACAAAUUGGGGCUGCAGGCCGCCUAGCCGAAGCUUUGAGGCGCCUUUCACUAGUUUUGCCACGUAGCUGCCAUGGAAAUUGUCAUGCUUCCCCUCCUUAUGUUCGAGCGCGAAGCAUAUCGGAAGAGUUUAGCAGCGGAGAUACAAGGUAUCGUGACAAUGGCGAAUCAACGAGUAGCACGCACAGUCGUGAUCUGCGUUUACCAAAGGAGAAAGAAGAUAAAGAAAGAGGUGACGAAGAGAUGGUCAAGGUGUACGAUGGCGACAAUUCCCUCAGACGACGGAUAUUUCGCGUGAUAUCGGUGCCCCGGCAAGCUACCACCGAACAGGUCCUGACAUCAGCACUUCGUGCAUUUCACAUUACGAAAGAUCCUACCAACUUUUACCUCACCGACCUGUAUGCCACGGGUGAGACUGAAUUAUGCGAUCCAACUCCGGUUCUAAACUUGAAUCGCAGAGAGGGCAAACGUCCGGCUGUCUUCUUACGAUUCAAGGAUAGCGAAUGCGGACAGGUACGCGUCUAUCCAGGCAAACUACAGGUAUUAGAGUCGUUCUGUAUGAUAUCUGUCACAGAAGCAACAACUGUUGCGGACUUAAUCGAAGAAGCGCUUCAGAAGUUCGGUUUGCAAAAUUUUAAAUCUGAAGAUUACAGAUGCAGCGAGAUUCUUCUGGAUCGCGGUGUCACUGAAAGAGUUUUGUCUCGUGACGAGAAGCCAUGGGAAAUCAUGAAACAACUGGGCCAAGAUUCGAUCAGACAAAUGGAGUUGAUGCGAUUUUACCUUCAGCUGAAGCAAGAUCCCCAUGGCCCUAAUUUAGCUUUGUUCGUCGGCAAUUUGCCACCAAAUCUCUCCGAAAGGUGUUACGAAAACAUGUUGACCGAGUUCUUAGGCAAAGAAAAUAAAUUCUCCUUUAUCGGUCCAAUAUACUAUGAAUAUGGCUCGAUGGUAAUCAUUUACGAGGACUCGAACAAGGCAGUCACGGCGUUGUAUACGUUGAGAGAAUCAAAAUAUGAGGAUAAACAUCUUUUAGUCAUGCUAUUACCAAGUAUCGAGCCAAGCAUGGUGCCCCCAGGAGUACAACCUUUACUCGUUUUCGUGAACGUGAAAUCUGGCGGUUGCCAGGGACUUCAAUUGAUCUCCAGCUUCCGAAAACUUUUGAAUCCGUAUCAAGUGUUUGAUCUCGACAAUGGAGGUCCACUUCCUGGUCUCUACGUUUUCCGUCACAUAAAGGAUUACAAAAUCUUGGUUUGUGGUGGUGAUGGAACGAUAGGAUGGGUCCUGCAAUGUUUGGAUAACGUGGGACAGGAUAGUGAAUGUUCCUCACCUGCUUGCGCCAUCGUUCCCCUAGGAACCGGAAACGACCUCGCGCGUGUCCUCUGCUGGGGUUCCGGUUACACCGGCGACGAAGAUCCCUUGAAUUUACUCCGAGAUGUAAUCGAUGCGGAGGAAUCCUUAUUGGAUAGAUGGACUGUUGUAUUUCAUACAGAAGACAAGGAAGAUAAACAGUUAACUACCAAUACAGGAGGCGCAGGUGCUACCAGCGAAGACAAUACACAAAUACUCGUGAUGAACAACUACUUUGGUAUCGGUAUCGACGCCGAUUUGUGUUUAGACUUUCACAACGCAAGGGAAGAAAAUCCGAACAAAUUCAAAAGCAGAUUGCGUAACAAGGGAGUAUACGUGACAAUGGGCUUACGAAAAAUGGUGAAACGGAAACCGUGCAAAGAUUUGCAUAAAGAAAUUCGAUUAGAAGUGGACGGCAAACUCGUUGAAUUACCUCAAGUUGAGGGAAUAAUUAUUUUAAACAUUUUAAGUUGGGGUUCUGGGGCAAAUCCCUGGGGACCAGAUACGAAGGAAGAUCAAUUUCAUGCACCGAACCACGGAGAUGGGAUGUUGGAGGUAGUUGGAGUUACAGGUGUAAUACACCUUGGACAAAUUCAAUCUGGUCUUCGUACAGCGAUGAGGAUAGCGCAGGGAGGACAUAUAAAAAUUUAUUUGCACUCUGAUAUACCAGUACAAGUGGACGGAGAACCGUGGGUUCAGAGUCCAGGAAAUAUUGUGGUUUUGAAAUCAGCGCUAAAGGCUACCAUGUUGAAGAAAAAUAAGAUCAAGCGUCGGAAUACCGAACCUUCGAUUCCACCCGCUAAUGGGGUGGCGAGCAAGAGCACGGACGAGUGUAGCAACAAAAGCUAGAACGCAGUUUCUGCGGUCUAUGUCGAUCGAUUAGACACGAAAUUUUCAAUUAGUGCUCCGCCUAGGCUCUACCUCGUAUCGUGUACUAUUGCUGCAUACGAUACAGGGGGGUUUCGGUGCGAUCAUUACGAUAAAACACAAACACACACGUACAUGUACUUCCUGUGUAGUAAAACUCCAUUCGAUGUUUCCGCCGCAUGUAGCUCUCUGUGCCAGUAUCGUCGAUGUGUGUGGAUGGAGGAUAAAUUUUUGGACAGCGUCAAAGUCUCCUCACUCUCCAGAUUUUAUUUCCAAGGUCAUCUGGUUUCAGAUAGAACCAGAAUGUCGUGGCUUUCUAUUUGGUUUUUAAGAAAGUUAGGAUCAAGAUUUCAUGGCUUCCAAGAUAUCUUCUUUCGGAUCGGAAAACCGGUUACCAGAAAAAUUGAAACGCAAUUUAUUUCCGUAGCAUUGACCGUAGCAUUCGUUGUAUUACUAGAAUCGUCGCAAUAACGAAUUCAUAAAUUACUACAAAAAUUUGAUGAAUUUGCAAAUACAUUUUUAUCCGCAGAUUUUUGCCAUUCCAUAUUUUGAUGCUUUGUUCGUCGAUGGUUCUAGAGUUGAAUAACGUAUUGAAUAUCAGGAAGGUUUUAAGAUCUUAAGAUUCUUCUCUUAUCUCUAUGACUUUGAUAAUAGUUUUAAAUUUUAAUUAAUGUUAUGUACUUAACGCAUGAUGUAUCGUCGAAUUUGUUGACUCAACGUUGUCAGAUCUUUUCGUCCAAGAAUUUAUCAAUUACGCUCACGCCUAAAUGCUCAGCGCAAUUCAAGCUUGCCGUAAAACAGUGUUGUGAAAAGUUAAAGGUUCGACAAAAUUUUAUCAAUAUUUUAGAAAUAUUAUACGAUAAGCAGUGACAAUCAUCCUGUACUUUGAAGAAAAAUGAAAGAAAAUAUACAUAUAUAUUCAGUGUGCAGUUGAAAGCUAUAUACAAAUGAGCACGAAAUGGUCGCUUUUGAAAAAGAGAAAUGAAUAUACAGAAUAAACUUACUUUGUUCGAAGCUUAAUUUUCGGAAAACAUCGAAUUUAGAAAUGUGCUACAUAUAUAUAUACAGUUAUGGCUAUAAAUAUAACUUUCGAUCGCAUCCUGUAUAUAUUUUAAAAAUCUUAUAAAACCUGUACAUUUUCGCAACACCGUACAUGAUUUUAUUAUUCUCGUUCUUUCAAAUGGUGUUUCCCAGCUUCAGUAAUGAACGCUCGAAGGAUCUUACACAUUCUUUUAAAAGAGUAUGAUUUAUUUUAUCGAACCAUCAUCUUUAAGUAAUAUGUGAAAUAUACUAAAGUAUAAAAAGAAUUUCAUUAUCAAAAUCUCCAGCUUAUUAAUUGGUACACGCGCUUAUUUUUGCAAUUAGAUAUACAGGGUGUUUUUUAAGUGAUAUUUUUCUAAAACACGCAAUAUAUGUAUUUACACGUGCUUUCCUCAUCUUUCAUACGCUAAAUGUUGCAAAGUUACAUCUUUAUCUUUACUAUCUACUAAUCUAAUCGUUUUUACACACAAGUACAUUAAUAUUUCUUUAUAAUAAAAUUAUCAAUUGCAUAAAAGGAUACAAUGUAUGCUUCAGUGAAAAAAGAAGAGAAUUGAAGAUUAUCUUCAAUCUUUAAAACACCAUUUCCGAUGCAAACACGCCAUACACUUUCUAAAGUCAGUUUGUCUUUUUCUAAUACAAUGUCAUUUUCAACCUCUUACGUUCUAAAAUUAUCGCUUAGCUCAGCUUUAUGAGACAGCCUGUAUAUACGUAUUUUGUUUACAUUUUUGCUUAUCCAAAAUUUAUCCAUAAUUCCUUUCCAUAAUCUCCAAGUGGAGAUUAAGGCAGAUAAUGAAUUAAACGAUAUUAAUCAUAUCGUUAAUCAAUCUUUUCAAAUUUCAACAUCUGAACGUUGAUCCUUCGAGCGUCGAUCAAAUUUUCAUUUUACUUUUACAAUAGAACUCUAUUUAUCUGAACUGCGUUUAUUGAAAUGAAAUUUUAAUUAAUUGACUACGGAAAGAAAUUAUUUACGUAAUUACUUCAACUCGCACAAAUUGAACUAAUGUUAUUUACAAAAUUGCACAAAUUAUAAGUUACGCGAGUUAUCGGUACUAAUGAAUCCUAUACGAAUACUCGAUACAUAAUUGUAAAAUCAUGCGAUAAAAAUUGUUAAUUCACCAAUAUCAUUAGUCAGCAAAUAAUUUUGCAAGAGAAUUCCUUUUAUCUGAACGAGAAAUUCUACCGGUCCGAAAGUAUUGGAACACCUACUAUAUAUAUUCAUUACAGAACUCUAACAAAUUUCACGUCAUCUGCUUUUCUAAUUAAUCGAUCCAUAUAUUUUACGACGAAUAUUAAUUAAUUUUACACAUGGUUCGAAUAAAGUAACUGAAAACUAAAAGCAAUGAAAAGUAUUCAGUUCAUACUAAACGUCAAUGGGUGUCCUAAUACUUCAUUUUUUUUUUUUUUAUUAUUAUUAUUUAAUUUGUACUUUACAAUUUAUCCAGCUGGACAUUCAGUAAAUUAUACUUCAGUGGUUACAAAAAAGUACCGACGUACAUCCUUAUCUUCCAAUGGCGCGUAUUUUAUCAAGUUCUAUGUAUUUCAUUUCCGUAGCGUACAAUUUUUAAUAGUCGUACGAAUGUAUCAUUAAACGAUAGAAAAUUGAAUAACACUUGGAUCUAAUCGGCCAGUAUGUAAAUUCUCUAAUAAGUACAACGAUGUGCCAGUUCUUUUCGUGUCCGCCGUUGUGGUCGAUGUUACAAUAUAGCGAAGGAAGAGUAGGAAAAAAAUCACCAAUCUCUGUUAUACGAAUAAAAAAAUUAAUUUUUAUCAUUGCCGGUUCAGAUAAAUAGAAGUCUACCGGACAACGUGUUUCAUUGGCAUCCUUAUCUCUCAGUGUUUUGGCCCGCGGAAUGUUCUAGCUGUGUUUAACCGAACAUGUCGUUUCACUUUGGUCACUUGGCAUUGACAUAUUACAAUCUCUAUAUUUGUUCCUUUGUGCGCGCCCCCUUGUGAUCCUGUCCCUUCCUAGGCUACGAUGCUGAAGAAGACCAAGGGUAAAAUGAAACGGCGUAACACAGAGUCCAGCAUGCAGCUGGCAGUUCAGGCCACAUCCUCGAACGAUACGGAGUCUGAAAUCUUCUGAGUGAGCGAAUGUUGUCUCUCGUACAACCAGAACGAGGAUGCCACGCCACGAAUACCACGUAUUUGCACACGCAAGCGGCACGGUUUUGACACAACACGCAACAAACGAAAUCGGCCUCGAAAAUCGUCUGUUUGACCACGGUCACGCGCUGUACGAACUUAUACGUAAGCACAAACAGAAAUAGCAGCAACACGUAUAUACCACAUACGCGAGACAUAGUACACAUAAACAGAACAGAAUCUACACACGUACGUGAAUACAAUUGUCUUUGAUCACAAAAGAAAAAAAAAGACGCAAGUAGAACCGCUCCAGGAUUAAAAGCAAAAAAGAAAAAAAACCAAAAAAAGAAAAUAUGCCAGGAUAAAUGAACGCGCUACAAACUGAAGCUGUGACUGUUAAGAACAGAGAAGAAAGGAAGAAGAAGAAGAAGAACGAGAACAAGAAUGCUCGUCCAAUGGACAUCUUCAUUAUAAACUCAAGUAAUCUUUAAUGUCCCUUUCCGAGUUGCUAGGAUGAAAUAACUAGAUCUCAUUUUUAAAUGUUAAUAAUCAUUAUAUAGCAUUGUACGUAGCUUUGAUCGAUAUUUUUUUAGUAAAGAAAAAAGCGAGAAAACAAACCAGAGACGAGGGUAAAGAGAAGAGAGCGAGCACGAAAGACGAGAGUGAGAGAAAAACGUAUCGUGUGUAUGUAAAAGAAGAGAGCGUGAGAGAGAGAGAAAGAGAGAGAGGAUGAGUGAGAAAGCGAGCGAAUCAAAUAAAAAAAAAAGAAUGAAAGAAGGAGUAAUAUGCGAUAGAGUAGUAAAAAAGAAAAAUCACGAGAUAAAGUUACCAAAGAAAAGCAACAGUAUUGAACGAAGUUUCUCCCCUGUUUAUUCGCUUGACAGCCAUACAUUGCGCAUUUACGUUGUAUAGUUGGUUACUUAGUCCCAGAAAACGAUCAAAGGAAGUAAAUUGUAAACUGUACAUGACAUUUCGUAUGGUAUUUUACUAAGUCACAGUAAGUAUCAUGAUACGAAACCGGUAAUUACGAAUAUCGAAUAAAUACAAAAUCAGUUGUUAUUAAUAUAAUAUAUAUAUAUUAAAAAAUAUAAAUAUAUAUAUAUACAUAAAAUAUUUAUGAUUAAAAAUAUUAAUAUAUUUACAAGAGAGUAAUGUAUUAGUAUUACGAUUUUAAGUUGUGAUAACUGUUGUGCGUCUGGCUGCUGGGCAGUCUGGAAUUUAUAAGAAAAAAAAAAGAAACAAAUACCAGUGGCAGUCAGUCACACAUUUCAUAGAAUACGAGAUAAUAAAACAAAACAAAGGAAAAAAAGAAACGAACAAAGAGGAACGAAAACGUGGAAACGAGAGAAAACUUAUUGGAGAAGGAAAAGGGUUAAGAUGUAACGCGUUUGGUAGACGUUAAAACGGCGGUAGAACGUUUUUGCCAACUCGUCUCGACUGUAACCGAGAGCACGACGAUUUCAUACGAUUUUCCGAACAAUUCGUCGAAGCUGAAAAAGAUGUUCGAAGGCGACUUGGCAAUGACGUUCCCCAUUUUCUGGCUUCGGCAAAAAGCUCUUUUGAAGAAGAAAGAAUUUUUGCCGCAGCCACCGGUAUGCAACACAUUCCACUGAUAACGUGGUUCGAGAGCAAAGAUGGACACACAUGUACAUUUCUAAACUAUGCCAAAAGGAACUUCUAACGUGUUAACACUUUCAACGCUGUUUGGAUCACCUCUCGAUACGCAGGGCCGGUUCUGGUUGGAGGAAAAGCAAGAGAACCAAAAAAGAAAUUGCAGAAGGAGAAGAUUGGCGGAACGUCUACAGAAACGUCGAGCCUUCCAGAAAUGAUUCGUAUACGCAAAAAGAAAAAGGAAGACAGUGGAUUUCGAAGAGCGGCUGUUCGAUUGACUGUAGGGAGUGAACGAACGCAUCGUCGCAGUCGUAUAUAACGUCGUGGAUCGUGUUCAUAUUGGACCUUUCAUUGGCAUCAAUUCGAUUAAGAGACAAUUCUGGUGCCAAACAGUUGUAUAUAAUACUGUAAAUGUAGGACUAAAAACGAGAGAAAGGAGAAAAGAAGCGAAACAAACAAAUCGUUAUUCCGAGCGUCGGAGAAAGGAUGCUGUUUGUUACAUGCCGGACAUUUAAGGAAUAGAAGAAACGAUCGUCCCUGUUAGGAAUAUUAAUACUAAGGGAAUGGUUUUGGGGGGGGAGGGAAGAAAAUAAGCGAAAUGAGAGAAUAAAGAUAGAAAGGAAGGGAGAAUAAAACGUGUCGCGUGCGUUUCGAUCGAUCGAAACAUAGCAAUUCGAUCAAUUCGACAAUUCGUUUCGCGCGCGAACCGUCGCGUCAAAAGUACGGAAAACGUGUCAAAUGAUAAUAGAAGAUGUGCGCGAGGUCUUUUAAUUUUGCGUUUUUCGAGACGAGACGCUUGUAGAAAUACGCUCCUGCAUCUCUUAUAGCUACUUUGUAGGUCUUCUCAAUCAUGAGGUACCCGAUCGUGCGGAGAAAAAAAAAAAUGAAAAAACAUUUCGCCAGAGCAAAUGCAAAAUUUUCCUUCAACCGGGAGACCGGUCAUUGCCGGAUGAGACUAUGGUCUCCCAUCUGUACGAAACGAAUCCCGACAACCUGCCAAUGAUGCAUGGGCUUAGUCGGUCAUGGUCAACAUCCGGCGCACGUGAGCAUAAUCGACGUAUCGGCGGCAGAUUGAAAUCGCGAGUUCGUUUGUUAAUCUGACCAAAAAAAAAGCUCUAGUGUAUUCGCUGUUGCUAUAAACCAAAAAAAAAAAAGAUGAUAGAGGAACCACAUUAAGCUAUGAACAAUCUACGUAUAAUGAAUGUAUGUGCUAUGGAAAACAAAAAAUACGCUAGCUGUUACGACUGAAUUUGUUUCCUGUCCUUUCGACACACGUAUACACACACACGCACACAGAAUACACGGAUAAAGUUCACGCGAAAGUAUCUUUUACGUACACGACACAAAAUUCGAGUUUAACAUAUUUUUGUUUUUUAUUUUCCUUUUUUUUAUUUUUUCGUCACCUGCGAACUCGCUGCGAAUUAUAAAAACGAAUUAUAAAGCGACACACACGUGACAUACACGCAGGAUACGUACACAGAAACGCAGAGCCUUCCUCGGUUUUCACGUUUCCAUUGUAUUCGUAGAUCAUAGUGUUCCCGAGAAACGCGGUUCCGUAAAAUUAUUUUCUAUCGAUUAGAGCGAAAGAGCGUAUUGUAAUCAUCAUAGGAUCGGAUGUGACACGUUUUAGGGAUGAUUUCUUUCCCCUAUCGAGUAAAUAUCGCUUUUCGUUUCUUUUUUCUCCAUGUCCCAGAUCGUACACACGCCUGUAUUAUCGUUGUAAGCCGAAAGGACACUUGCUGUGUGAUCGAAUAGAGAAAAUUCGUUGUGUAAUUACAUUUGUCGAUGUAUCACGCGCACACUGGUGUGGUAUACCGAAUCGAAUUGUUACCGAGUUUAACGAGCUUUCGUUUUCUCCUGAUUGUAUUGUUUCAGACGUGCGCAAAGCACGCGUUACUGUAUCCGCGAUGGGCGAGGUUUUUGUUUCAAUCAUGUCUUGGCGUGUAUUACGGAAAGAGUGGAAUAUUACAUAAAUUAAUGUACACAUUA